CGUUGGCAACACUGUGAUAAAUCAUCAACCGCACCUAAUGUUUAUUUACUUAUCAAUAAAUUAAAGAUGAUGCACUUUGAGAAAAAAUCACCGAGCACGGGAACGCCGUCGGUGUACUCCCACGUAACGAACAGAAGCAGCGCACACCUGCGGAGCACCAGAAGUCGCAGCUUAAAGUCCCUCCAAGUGCCUUGGUACAAAAAGCCCCUAAUUCAAGACGUAAUCUGCCUGGACGUGCAACGGAUCUCCCUAAUCACCGGUUUUUUCUCACUGAUUCUCUCGAUCUUCACGGUCGUAACGGCCGCCUUCGACAUCUACUGCUACUCCAUGGCGGCGCCCGGCUCGACGCACUACGGCUUCUACCUCAUUUCGUACGAAUUCGUUUACGUCGGAAGCAAACACGUCCGUAACGCUUUAGUGAUGUUCGCUAUAUUUUCAAUUUUGGGCGGCGCAAUCGUGUUCGUCACCAGCAUCAUGCUUAUCAUCGCGUUACGUAACGAGUAUGAGAAGAAGAUGCUGCCGUGGAUCGUCUCCUUCGGCGUUUUCACGAUGUUUCGUUUCUUGGCCUACUUGUUUUUUUCGAUCGUUAACGACAGGAUCUUCGCGUACAACAGCUUGAUGGUCGUCAUAUGGACGAUUUGCAUUAUUGCGAGUAUCUACGGUUGGGUCGUCGUCUACUCGCUGUACAUCGAGUUGACUGACCUGACCCGUUUGGAGGACCUGGCGCAUUUGAGGAAAGUUGAUUGGAACAAUGCAGUCGCUCAACGCAUCGACAACCCAUUCCCUGGCGGGUUCUCGUCCGACGACACCGCACAGUACGGUCUCGACGAUGCCAGUGAACUAACAAGCAGCAUGCCGGGUCCGUCGCGUUCUAUUUCUUUUUUUACAGAUACCGACGGUACAAUGACGAGGGACUGUACAGUAUCGACAAUAGCGGUCGAUUAGUAUUAUUUUAUGCUUGUAGUUUUAAGUACAAUUUAUUCUUUCCGUCCAUUUUUGUACUUUUUUUGGAAAUAUAUUUUCAUAAUGUA